AUGCACUUUCUUAGUCAUACUAGUGAAAUAGGUUAUGUAUAUCUGAAGCCAAAAAUCUGUGUGCGAGGAGCUUUGGAAGAUAUAGAAAGAAAAUGUGUAACCAGCAUAACAAAAUAUUUUGCUUUUUAUCCGCAGGAGGAGACACUUCAGCGGGCACGCGAGGAAGAAGAGAAAAGGAAGGAGAUCACGAGUCAUUUUCAGAGCACCCUGACAGACAUCCAGGCACAAAUUGAGCAGCAGAGUGAGCGAAAUAUGAAGCUCUGUCAGGAGAACACAGAGCUUGCAGAGAAACUGAAAAGCAUCAUCGAUCAGUAUGAGCUCAGAGAGGAGCAUCUGGACAAAAUAUUUAAGCACAGAGAACUGCAGCAGAAGCUGGUGGAUGCAAAGCUCGAGCAGGCACAAGAAAUGAUGAAAGAAGCGGAGGAGCAACACAAGCGGGAAAAGGAAUAUUUGCUGAACCAGGCGGCAGAAUGGAAACUCCAGGCCAAAGUGCUGAAGGAACAGGAGACAGUGCUGCAGGCUCAGCUUACUCUCUACUCAGGAAGGUUUGAAGAGUUCCAGAGCACACUCACAAAAAGCAAUGAGGUGUUUGCCGCUUUCAAACAGGAAAUGGAUAAAACGACUAAGAAAAUGAAGAAGCUGGAAAAGGACACAGCCACGUGGAAGGCGCGGUUUGAGAACUGUAACAAAGCUCUGUUGGACAUGAUCGAAGAGAAAGCGCUGAGAGCGAAAGAAUAUGAGUGCUUCGUGAUGAAAAUUGGGAGGCUGGAGAACCUCUGUCGUGCUUUACAAGAAGAGAGAAAUGAACUAUACAAAAAAAUCAGAGAAGCGAAAAUGGCUGAAAAGGAUGACCAAAGUCAGCACACCUCGGAUGAAGAGCCAGAGUCAAAUGUCUCUGAGGAUAAAGAGAUUGAUGCAGAAGAGGUCAAUAGUGUUCAAAAAGCUGUGGAAGAUCUGGCCACAGCCUUCAUGGUAAUUCAUCAUCCAGAGUCAACUCCACACCAGUCCAAAGAGACUGAACCAGGAUUCAGCAGUCCUCAUGGGAGUGGUGACACCACCCUUCAAGAGCCAGGGCAAACCCCUCUAAUCCCUUCAGGGGAUUCAGAGAGUCCCCUACCUUUCCUAACUCCUCAGGCUGAAGCUGAAGGAGGCAAUGAGGCCCAACCUCCCUCCAAGGCCAGUAACCCCCCUGCUGGGUCCGCAGCAGAAGCCCAAUGCCAGGGUCUCCUUGCUGGAGCACCAGCUGAUCAGCAGCCCCAGAAGCCAGAGGCCAGUCAAACCCCACAGCCCCCAACCGAGGCCUCCCUACAGGCCAUAGAGGCAAAUGGUACUGCUCCACCAUCCCCUGCAGGUGAGCAAGUUCCAGCUGGAGUGCCUGGAUGUGAGUCCAGUAGGCAGCACCCACCAGCAGGAGAGAGGCCAGUCAAGGCCUCGGCUGGGUCCCCGCUGCCCAAGGGGGCUGACACCAAUCUGGAGGGCGUAGACUAA